UAUUAAUAUUAAUGAUCUCGCAUGUGUGUAAAUGAAACAGUGAGAGAAGUGGUGUGUUGGCAAUGAUUAGAACGAAAUAGUUCCAUAGCCAAAAUAUAUAUUUUUUGACUUUCCGCGUGUAUUUAAGAAUUUGUUUGGGUAUUUGUUAAGUUUGAACAUUUUUUUAAAUCUCUGGUGAAAUAAAAACGUUAUGUUAGCGGUAAAAAAAUAUUACGUGCCGAAACCGUGGUCGCGCAUUAAUAAUGUUAAUAGUCACUUGUUUGUUUUCUCUUUCAGCCGCUUUCAGCAGCUCUUUAAGCAGUCUGCAGUCUGUACGCCAUUUUGCAGUGUGUUUUAAUAUAUUACUGACCGUGAAAUAACGUACAGUUUGUGUUUCAGGAUUUUGUGUUAAUAUUGUGUAUUUUAACUUUGUUAUAUUAUUUAUUAUCUACUAUUGUAAUGAUGGAAUUUGUUAUCGUUUUGAUAUUUUGUGUGGUUCUUGUGAUUGCUGUAAUGGUAAUUGGUUCCGGGAUGGGGAAAGCUACUUCGUCGCAGCGUCAGAUGGACAUCAUUAACGUCGCUCAGAACUUAUAUCUUUUAAUUAGGAAAGGCGACUUGAAGAAAUGUGACGUUACGCAGACGACCGCGUUUCUUCUCAACAUCGCAAAGUCAACUGUUCUCAAGUACUACAAGAAAGACAUUGAAGAAGUUUCAACACCAGGAAAAAAGAGGAAAAAAAGGCCACAGGAAGGAAAGUCACUUGACACAGUCGACGAUUUCACAGUAAAUGCAAUCAGGAAUGCAAUUUACAGGAUGUACGCUGAAGGUUUGAAUGUUACAGUCGACACCAUUUUGAAAGAAAUCAGGGAAAGACAAAUAGAUUAUUAUGGUGGAAGAUCAAGUCUUCAUAAAUUGUUAAAGAAGAUGGGAUUUUCAUGGAAAACUGUUGAUGGACGAAAAGCUUUGAUAGAGAAUGAAAACAUAGUAUUGCAGCGAAUAGAUUUCUUGAGAAAGUAUAAAGAAGAAAAAGAAAGAGGUGCCAAUUUCAUAUUUGUUGAUGAAACAUGGAUUUUCCAGAGAGGCAAGGCAUUAAUUUAUUUGAAAAUUUGUUCUGUGGUCCAAUACAAAGUAUUUCAUUUCCAUUUCAUAUAUUUUUCAGGAACUGUAUCAAAGUCAUGGCAGGACAAGAGUCUACAAUCUGCGAAGAGACGUACUGUUGGAGAUGGUAAAAGGUUUAUUGUUGUUAAUGCUGGAGGGCGCACUGGCUUUGUGCCAGGAGCAGGAUUACUUUUUGUUUCAGGUCAGAAGACUGCAGACUACCAUGGCGAGAUGAAUGGGGAAACUUUCUUGAUGUGGUUUGAAGACAUGUUGGUGCAUCUUGAGGAACCCAGUGUCAUCAUAAUGGACAAUGCUUCAUAUCACAGCACCCAGAUGGGCGAGGUGUGUGGAUCACGUGGAGAAGCUAAUUCAAGCAGACUGGGAGAGAGAAGUCCACAUAGACAGCGGCACCAUUCCUCCACUCAUCAUCCACCUCGGCGAGGAUAGUUCAAGUGAAGACAGUGACAGCGAAGAAUUUGAGGUUACGACACAGCAAGUAGAUGGAGACAGUGAAGUACUGGCAGUUCCUCUUGAUGAUUUACCCGGGUGUUCUUAUUGAGGUCUGUAUGUAAUAAACACCUGGGCAACUGUAAGUAUUGGGGUUUGAAACAUUUUUUUUUUUCUUUUAUGCAUUCCCAUGAAGUAUGUUGAUUACUGGAACUUUAUGUAUUAACUUUAUAUUACACGUAUUAUGAAAUGAAUAUUAAAUUUCAUUUCUGGAUUCGUAUAGGUGUAUGUGAAACAUUUUAUUUUGUUGUGUGUCUUCAUUUUUCAGUGAACUUACUUGGAAAACAAAAAGCCAGUCCCCAUCCAGGGCCACAAAUAAAUAAUGCAUAUAAGUGGUAUAGAAAUUACUGUCAAUUCUUCACCACAAUUUUACUGUUCAUAAAAUUAUGAUUUUGUCUAAUAAGUAUACUCAGGAAAAUGUAUAUAACCAUAUUUUUAUUUGUGGCCUUAACCGGCAAAAUGGUAGGGGUUUAUUAAAUAAAAGAAGAAAAUUCAUUUUUAAAUGUUUUCAUCUGAAUUUGUUAAUUUUAUUAAACCUUCAAUCCUUAGUCUUUUCCAGAUUGCUUAGAUGGACAGCCAUAUGUAUAAUUUACAAUACUUUUUUUUUCAGAUGCAGAAAACUGUGUUGAACUGUACUAAAUGAUGAUAUUUAUUGCUUACAUAAAUGUUGUAAAUUUAUAUAUUCUCCUAAAAAUUUACUUUAAAUUAUAUGUUAUUUCUUUAGCUAACAAACUUAUUUUUUAAUAUUUUUACCAUUGGGUAUCAUAAAUCAUGUUAUGAACAUAUGCAUGUAUACUUAGAUCAUAUUCAAAUUACUUUUAUAUAUAUAUAUAUAUACAUACAUACACACAUUGUUUUGACAGCUGGUGAUUGUAAACAAACCAUUUGACAUUUGUCACAUGGCAAUGUUUUUGUUUACAUACGGCGGAAGGAUACAUAGUGACAUUAAAGUAGAUCCGGUGAAAAGCAGGGCUUCAGAAAAGUAGGAGGUUACCGUGGAUGGACUAUACAGAUACGGUGAGCUGAUACAAAUGUGGUCGCGGCUGGGGCCUUAUAGGAGGGCUGGGCGCAACCACCCAAGAAGAGUCUUUUAUUUUUCGGUAUUUUUUUGUCAAACAAAGUACAGUAGGCAACAUCUGGACGGAAUCCUUCUCGCGACUGGCCCGUGUCUUCUACACAGCUUGCUGCACGUUGCAUUUACACCGCAAUCUUGUCCGUCCGUAUGGUUCGACAUCUCAACGGGUGGAACGUCGCGUUCUUUAUGCUCGUCUAUUACAGGCCUUUUAAUAAUGUCCUCAAAAACGUGUUGCAAGUGCUUAAGGGGCCCGCCUACCUGGGCACACAUACGGUGUGCAGAGCUUCAGGAAAAACAACGCGAUUUCAAAACUACUCAAGAUAACCGAGUGGGGCCUAUUUACGAAUAGCAUUUAAGAGUUCGCUGAGGGCCGAAAAGUACUUUUAAUUUCGGAUUAAGUUUUUAAACUGUAUUUUUAGAAGCGUUAAAAUGCCUAAAACGCGUGUUUUCAGAGUAAUUUUUAGACAUAAAAAGAGUCAGUACAUAUUCUUGAAAGCACUUAAGGGGCUUGCAUAACACCUUUAUCUUCAUUUCUCCGCCAUAUAAUGUUACGGUCACCGCUCAAAUUUCACAGUUAUCCUGUGACGACGUGACGAAUGCGCGCCAGUUCAGAGCCUUGCGCUUAGAGGCUAUACCGCGCUGGAAGCACCAGCGAGCGUCGCGCUUAUCAUCCCGCCUCACUAACACACAUACACCCCUGA